AUGUCAGGAGAUAUAACAAGCGAAAACAAAUUCGCAGAUUGGGAGGCGAAUGUCCCGGGGUCAGGACCAGGUUCAUCUUUGGAAGGCCUCGACUUUCCCGUCCACUCGACGCUCGCCAUCUUGAGAAAUCAAGCGUUAGAAUUUUGGGAAUGGAUCUACGAGCACACGGGAACGUCACAAAGCGGGACAGGAUCGUAUACCACUGAACUACGGAUCCUUGCCGACGGUCGUGUCAUCUUCACAGCAGACCCGGAGAAUAUCAAGGCCAUCCUCGCCACCCAAUUCCAAGACUUUGGCAAAGGCGAGGAGUUCCACAAGGAAUGGAAAGCCUUCCUUGGAGACAGUAUCUUCACCACCGAUGGACAGCAAUGGCACAACUCCCGUCAACUGAUCAGGCCAAUGUUUGUCAGAGAAAGGGUUGCCGAUUUGCCCCUGAUCGAGACGCACGUCCGCAAACUAAUGUCCCUGAUGGGCCCUGGCGACGGGCAGAUGGUCAUGUUGAACAACUUGCUCUUUCGGUUCAGUCUUGAUGCAUCGACCCAUUUCUUGUUCGGUCACAGCGUCGGCAGUCUAGACAAGGAACAGUCCGAGUUUGCAGCUGCAUUUGACGAGGUGCAGAGGGUACAAUCUCUGAUCGGGCGCUUGGGACCAUUGAAACACCUCUUCUCCACACGGUCCUACAAUGAGGCAUUAAAGACCAUGGAGCAGUUCAUUGAGCCUUUCAUUACCGAAGCCUUGUCCAUGAGUCCCGAGGAGCUGGAGUCCAAGCUGUCUCGCUCGGACACUUUCCUCCACGCCCUCGCCCGGCAUACUCGAGACCGCAAAGUCGUGCGUGACCAGCUGGUGGCCCUGCUCCUCGCUGGGAGAGACACCACAGCCUCAACAUUGUCCUGGCUAUUCCUCGAACUAGCAAAGAACCCUCGCGUGGUCGACAAGCUCCGAGAGGAGAUCUUGGAGGUCUUGGGCCAAGAUGGCCGCCCUCCCACAUAUCAAGAGGUCAAAGACAUGAAAUACCUGACGUACACCAUCAACGAGACACUGCGGUUGUAUCCCGUGGUACCGUUCAAUGUCAGGUCGGCCCUGACCGAUACAACUCUCCCACACGGCGCAGGUCCCGACGGCAUGGGUCUGGUGGGAUGUCCUCGUGGCACCGUCGUCGGAUACAGCACGCUCGUCAUGCAGCGACGGAAGGAUCUUUACCCUCCAAUCUCCGACUCGUUUCCCUACGAUCCGCAUGACUGGGUGCCGGAUCGGUGGGCGACCUGGACACCCAAGUCAUGGCAGUUCAUUCCAUUCAAUGGAGGGCCGAGAAUCUGCAUUGGACAGCAAUUCGCCAUGGUCGAGAUUGCAUAUACGGUGGUCAGAAUUCUGCAGGAGUUUGACCAGAUCAUUGACUAUGGCAACCAGCGCAUUUUACACACAGAGAUCAUUCUCACGCCUGCGGAAGGAGUCAAGGUUGGGUUUGUGAAGCGAGACAACAAGGUCUGA